AUGGCCAAGAAGGCGCGUCAAAGAAUCAGCUAUGUGCUCGAGAAUGCCAAAUCCUCGGCAGGCGGCCAUCGCCUCGGCGUCAAUGGCCUCGCCGUCGAUGCGGACAACGCCAUCCUCUACUCCGGUGGCCGAGAUGGUAUGAUUUGCGCCUGGGACUUGAACCUCGACCUGCGACACCGAAACGACAUCAUCGACGAUGCAUCCGCGAAACCAAAGUCGACCACGACGUUCCGAGCCCAGACGCAGGCGCAUAUGCACUGGAUCAACGACCUCGCUCUGGCACAGCACAACACUGCCUUAGUAUCGGCAUCUUCCGAUCUCACUGUCAAAGUGUGGCGACCACACUCUCAGGAAGAUAGCACCCGCGCCCAGAAGAUUGGAGAGCAUGACGACUACAUCAAGUGCGUCGCAACGCCGCCCAGCGAUAUGAAUGCCAACUGGGUUGCCUCGGCGGGCUUGGACCGCAAAAUCUGCCUCUGGGAUCUCAAUGGCGGGGGCAAGACGCUCGAGGUCAACGUCAAGGGCGAGGAGACUACAGAGAAGGGAUCUGUCUACGCUCUUGCCGUCGGUCGCAACCUCAUUGCCAGCGGCGGCCCAGAGAAGACGGUCAAGCUCUACGAUCCUCGCACUGGCUCCAAAGUCUCCAACCUCGUCGGCCAUAUAGACAACAUUCGCGCCAUUCUAAUCGACGACGUGGGCGAUACCAUAUUGAGCGCCAGUGCCGACAAGACUAUCAAGAUGUGGAGUGUCAAGGGCGGUCGCUGCAUGUACACGUUUACAAUGCACGACGAGAGCAUCUGGUCUCUGUACUCGGAUGACCCUCGCCUCGGCAUCUUCUACAGCAGUGAUAGGUCGGGUCUCGUCGCCAAGACCGACGUACGAGGUAGCCUAGAGGACAUGGAUGAUGGAAUGAGUCUCGCUGUUGCACAGGAGCAUUUCGGUGUCUCCAAGGUUGUGGCUGCAGGCGGUCACAUCUGGACAGCUACGAACCGAUCGUCAAUUAACCGCUGGGAAGAUGUGGACACAGGCGCAAACCUGCCGCUCCCCGAAGAGUACCGCCGUCAACGCGCAAUGUCGGCUGCGUCCAACAAGACAAGGCAAUCAACGGCAGCUACUCAGCCGCAAACAAAUGGGUCGUCCAAGAAAGAAAAGGAGAUACCCGCCGAGUCGAUUCUGAGAAUAUCCAACACAGCCACCUUCCCGUCGCGCACGCCUCUGGACCCAGAACCAACCCCCGUAGAGACAAUUGAAGGUCAAUUCGGCCUUUUGAAGCACAAGCUACUCAACGAUAGGAGGAGGGUCUUGACUUUGGAUACGGCUGGCGAUGUAUUGCUGUGGGAUUUGAUUAAGUGUAAACCUAUUCAGAGUUUUGGAAAGCAACAUCUCGAAGAUGUCGAGAGGCAGGUCAAUACGCGAGAAGCAGUAGCUCCUUGGUGCUCAGUUGACCUGAGCUCUGGCAAUCUCACUGUCGUGUUGGAGCCCUUCAACUGCUUCGACGCCGAGGUGUACGCUGACGAACUCGAAUUGGAUGAGCCCAUUGAGUUUAGAGAUGACCAAAGAGUGAGCCUCGGCAAAUGGAUCCUACGGUACUUGUUUGCCAAUCUAAUUGACGAGGAAAUCCGACGCGACGAGUCACAUCGCUCAAAGCUGAACGAAGGCGUGGAGAAGAGACAAGCUGCCACCCGGGCAGAGGCGCCCUCGUCAAUCGUCAUUCCCGGGCCUGUGACCACCCCUGGUCUGGCGAUUGGGCUGGCGUCGCCUGGUGUCCAAAUGACGCUCCAAGGCGUACCAGAGGAAGCAGUUGCGAGCCCUUUGGAAAGGGAAGCUUCUCGUCCAUCAGCUGAGAACGACUACUUCACAGCUGGCAUUGCGCCAGCUGGUGGUAGCGCUGCGGCUGCUCCUGCGGCGGCAGAGACAUCAGAGCCAAAGACGUCUACGGAUAAUAGCAACGAGAAAUCCAAGGAGAAGGAGAAGGCUGCCGACAGUAAAUCACCAUUCAGCAGAAAAUUCCGCAUGUCAUUCAGCUCCAAGAGAAUCGGCCGGUCGGCAUCCCAAGCAACACAAGAGAAGCCCGUCGUUGUAGACGACAAGGCCGACGAGUCUGAGUCUUCUUCCAAUCACGAAAAGGAGGUUGAUGACAGCUUCUUUGGCGUGAUCCAGAAGAUCCGAAACGAAUAUGACAAGCAAAUUGCCGAGUCUCCCGAUAAAUUCGUCGAGACGCGAGUAACGCCGAGCUUGCCAUCCGACACACCCGUUUUGAAACUCCCUCUUGGGACCAAGGUCAUUAUACAAGAGGAAACGUCGGGUGGCAGUGCAAACCUGUACCAAGGAACGAACCAGAUCCCCCUGAAAGACCCCGUCAAGAUAUCCUUUGUCUUGCAACCUAUGGGCAACCUGCCUCCCAUUGCGACGGAUGGUAAUAGCCGUCUGAACGCAAACCGGAUGCUGCGGGUGAAGAAGAUUCUAGGCUAUGUUUCCGAGAGGAUUGAGCCAGAGCAAGAGGAGGACCCCAACGCACUCAAGCCCGAAGAGUAUCUCGAACUGUAUUGCAAUGACCAGCUGCUUCAUCCAACAAUGAACCUGGCCACGCUCCGGACCCACGUCUGGAAGGGCGGAAGCGACAUUAUGCUCUACUACAAAGCCAACGGCCGCAAAGAGAUCCUCCCAUUGCCAACAAUCUCUAGUACACAGUCCGCGGACGCGAGUGUACCACCAGUCCCACCACUGCCCGCAGCAGAGGCGACUGAGACUACCAACGGUGUAUAG